AUGUAUUUAUCGAAGUGUUGUUUUUGGUUGCCGUUAAGAAAGGGUCUUUUGAUUGCAGCUUAUACUAAGUUGGUUCUCUUCACGUCCUACGCAAUAUACUGGCUAAGUGAAGAACCUAGAACUGCUUAUAGAGAAGAAACGCGGAACGAUAGCAGUAUUUUACUACCAAUAAUUGUACUUGGAGCUGUAAUUGUUUUAGAAAUUAUCUUCAGCAUUAUUCUUCUUAUAGGGGUUCAUAAGAUAAACUACACAACAGUCCGUAUUACCUAUAUCUACAAUGCCAUACUAAUUGGAGUGGAGAUCAUGAUGUCCAUAGUGUAUAUUCCCCUAGAGUCAUACAGAUUGUAUGCCUCUCUACCUGAUGAUGUCUGGCUAAUCCUGCUCACGUCAAUGUCAGCAGCGCUGCUGGCUAUUGUUAUACAGUUGUACAUGGUGGCGCUGGUGCGCAGCUACCUUUUCAGCUUACGGCAGCAAUGCGUCUCCGACCCUGAAAGCUCCUCCUACUCACCCCGAAAGCCUUAUGUAGUCUACUAA